CCUAGCAUAUAUCCUCUUCACUCCAUCUGCUACUAACCUACUCUUAAGCCACAAAAGAUUUUGCUACCGGCACCUAAGCUCCAAUGGAGGGUGAGAAGAACUCGUCCGGGGACCUGAUGUCCAGCAGCAAGCUGGUCGCGGAGGCCGCCAAGACGGCCUACGAGCAGAAGAGCGUCGAGGGCAUCGACAAGGAAAAGGUAGCCGGCGCCUCCGCCGAGAUGCUGGACUCCGCCGCCAAGUACGGCAAGCUGGAGGACAAGCCGGUGGGGCAGUACCUCGAGAAAGCCGAGGGGUACCUGAAACAGUACAGCUCCGGCGGCACCGAGAAGGAGAAAACCGACGCACCUGCUGCCGCUGACGCACCGAAGCCGGAUGCACCCAAGGAGGCAGCGCCUGCACCCGCCGCGGAGGAAGAGAAAGCGUCCGAUGGGUUCGGUCUCGACGACGUCAUGAAGGGGGCUGCAUCGCUGUCCGGGAAGAAGAGUGGCGAGGAGGAGAAGGAGAGCGGCGGCGGCGGCGGGUUCAUGAAGAUGGCUCAGGGGUUCAUGAAGUAGAAGUCUGGUUUCUGCAUCUACAUGCAUGUAGCUCUCGCUAAGUUUGUGCGCUGCGUUCCUUCUGUAUUUUGUUACUGUAUAACGUUGUGGUUGUGCUUAAUUAUGUUAGCUGCUGAUAUCUGGUUCUGUAAAGUUUAAAGUUUCUUAAGUCAUGUAUGUCUGUAGACUGUAUGAUGAUCAAUAAUCAAGUUGAGCUAGGUAGCUGCUUUCUUCC